AUGGAGUUCCUCGUGCACAAUAUCUCGCACUCGGACCUGGUUGUAGAGCUCUCGUGGCUCCAUCCGGACAAUAAAGACCUCCUCGUCAUCCCUUCCACCUCCAGUAACAGCAACAGCCAUGCAACGACUGACCCUCUACCGUCAACCCAUGAAGCUCGAGCCAGCGUCGAUAUCGACGGCAUCUCCGUGCCCUUGUCAAUCCUAGCUCGACCCAAGUACAGUCUCUUCCAGCAAACGAGUCGCCGCAUCCUCGACCGCGUGCAGCAACUUCAACUCGAGCAACCUCGAGCGUCCUCCUCCUCUUCCUGGUCGAGUUUGUUGCAUACCUGCAACGUUACGAGGGACAAGCGCUCGACACCUUGCAAUGCUGACACGCAGCUCCCGAUCGGCUUCAACUUGGCAGCCGCUCCCAUUGAGCUGAGCAAGUCGGAGCUGUUACGCGAUUUCCAGCUACGGACUGAAGGCGACCGCGUGGAGCGCUAUUGGGAUGGCCGCGUUGGGAUCACGGCCGUCUACUUCCCGUUGGUCGCACUCUUGUUGCCAAAGUGGCUGCAAGUGCUGACCGAGUUCCAAUCCGAAACCAGUCGACGACUCGUGUACUUGAUCAGUGGCGCCGGCAUCCCGCGGCAUGUCGAGCACGUGGGCAGUGGGAACUCGACCGAGGUCACGGCUCAGCUUCUCGCGUUAUUCGUGCAUGAAUAUGACCGUCACGUGACGGUGAUUCAAGUCCAUUCGGGCUCGAACAUCUUCCGCUUUGAUGACAAUGUGCAGUUCAUGACAAGGGAGUUGCGACCGCUGUUGGAAGCUCAUCGAGAGACGCUCGUGGAUCGAUGUGGCGAGACGUGGAAGGCUCAUUUUCACGUCACCAUUGCCUACGCGGAUGGCCCUCCAGCUCGAUUGAGUGCACUUAAUGCUUCACUACGGAUCUAUCGCCCGUCGUAUCUACAUGUGUGGCAGCUCAAGACAUUCUGGCACGAGUGGAAAGUAUCUCUCAUGGACGUGGACUUUCACUCGUUCGAGAACAUUGAGGCGUCGCCGUUAGUCGCACCGAGCAAAGCGGAUGCACUGACCCAGCGGAUUGUCGUCGAGAUGAAGACGUUUCGAGACCAGUUCCUUGCAGCUGAAGGACAAGGAGAACUAGCGAGCUUUUGGCUGCGUAAGUCCCGCAAACCUGUACUUGCAGUGCUGUUGAUCGAGAAAGCUGCUUCAAGCAGCAAUGAAAGUCCGACAGUGGUGGUGCAACGAGGUAUGAAUUGUGAAGUGUCGAUGCCGACGGGUUCGUUAUGUGCUGAGCGCAAUGCUAUUGGCAGUGCAUUGGCCAGCGAUCCAACGUUGACUCGUCGAGCGUUAAAGAUGAUUGCCGUGCUAGGCUUGAACCUCGCUGGAGAGGAUAUUGGCAGCAGCAAUAUUGUUACGAGUUCGACGCCAUUGGUAUCUACUGACCAAAGUGAGGAGAGAGUGCAAGAGGACAGUGAGGCUGAGGAGGAGUUAUCUCGAGUCUCCACUAGGGCUACUUCUACUUUGGUUGAACCGACUUUAGUAUCGAGUCAAUCUCGCUCGAAAACUACAGCGGAUGUUGACGUGGCGGUCGAGCCUGAUCGGAUGCAACGGAUAGUAUCCAGUCCGAGGCUGUCAGAAGACAAAGGAGCAAAGGGAUUGAUUUUGAGCGACGAAUGUGGCCAGCUUUGCAGCAGGGCAAGUGAAGGUUGCGGACAUGGGAAGCGCAGUCGAGAGCACGUGGAUGACGUCACUUCCAGGUCAUUGACGAAACCCAAGCGGCCACGCACGUUUUCGUGUGACGAGUGGAUCUCGGACUCAAUGAGAGGAGCCAGGGCAUUGCCGGAUCGGAACCCCUUGGCGCCAUGUGGGGCAUGCAAGGAAUGGCUGGUUAAAAUCGCGGAAGCCAAUCCGUCGUUUCGCGUGAUCACGUUUGACAACGCGCGCUGUCGUCAUGUCUACAUUAACCAGAUCAUUUGA